AGCUUGUGGAUUCUAAGCCUUAUCUCAGGUCAGUCCAGUCAAAGUCUGAGGGUGAGGCUUACGAAUCCCUGUUUUGAGGAAGCUCUAAGAAUGUAGAAUCUGAAGAAGGUAAGGUUUAAAAAGAGUUGGAAUGAGUUGUUCCAGGGAACAACUGGAGCAGAACACCUCAGACUGAGGAUUGGAUGGAAAGGGAGGGUGUGGAGGAAGCUGGGGACACUAUUCUUUCCAGAAAAUUUUCUGAUGAGGAGAUAAGAUAAGAGGGAAGACUUUGAGUUGAGGAGUAGCUGUUGUAGUUUUUGCAUAUAGUAAUGUAAGAAAGAUAUUUGCCUAUCAAUGGGGAGAACAGGAAUGACUAUCAGUGCAAAAUGAUGAAGUAGUCUGGCCUAACCUGAGCUUUGGACCCUCAUCACCAGAGGUGGUUUUGGGGGAAGAACUUGAUUUUUGAUAGUUCAAGGAGAGCUUGGUAAUUGUCAUCAUGUGUAAUAUGCUCUUUUUAUUUGUUAGCACUUUGAAUUAAAUAUUGGAAGAGGAGAGGCACACAAGUCUUUUCAGUGCCUCUGUCUGAACCUUUUAGUUCCUCUUCAUGUGGGGGUUUCUCUUUCUUGUUUUCCUUCAGGUGGCCUUCGCGUCUGUGCAGAACCUCCCAAAGGGGCUGCCUGGUCAGAGUGGUGUUUCUCGGAUGAUUGGAGGGGACUCCCCUAUUUUCAGGAUUUCACAAUCACAGGCUUCAAAGGUUGUGGAGAGAGCAUGAGCUGUACCAUGGUAGAUGGAGUGAUGAUUCUCCCUGUGCUAAUGAUGAUUGCUUUCCCUUCCCCAAGUAUGGAAGAUGAGAAGCCCAAGGUAAACCCUAAACUUUACAUGUGUGUGUGUGAAGGACUCUCCUGUGGGAACGAGGACCACUGUGAAGGCCAACAAUGCUUUUCCUCGCUGAGCAUAAAUGAUGGCUUCCAUGUGUACCAGAAGGGCUGCUUCCAGGUUUAUGAGCAGGGCAAGAUGACUUGCAAGACUCCGCCGUCGCCUGGCCAAGCUGUGGAAUGCUGCCAAGGGGACUGGUGUAACAGGAACAUCACGGCUCAGCUGCCCACUAAAGGGAAAUCCUUUCCUGGAACACAGAAUUUUCACUUGGAGGUCGGCCUCAUUAUUCUGUCCGUAGUGUUUGCAGUAUGCCUUCUAGCUUGCCUACUGGGAGUUGCUCUCCGAAAAUUUAAGAGGCGCAACCAGGAACGACUCAAUCCCAGAGAUGUGGAAUAUGGCACCAUCGAAGGGCUCAUCACCACCAAUGUUGGAGACAGCACUUUAGCAGACUUACUGGAUCAUUCGUGCACAUCAGGAAGUGGCUCUGGUCUUCCCUUUCUGGUACAAAGAACAGUGGCUCGUCAGAUUACGCUGUUGGAGUGUGUUGGGAAAGGCAGGUAUGGUGAGGUGUGGAGGGGCAGCUGGCAGGGGGAGAAUGUCGCCGUGAAGAUCUUUUCCUCCAGGGAUGAGAAGUCGUGGUUCAGGGAAACAGAAUUGUACAACACUGUGAUGCUGAGGCAUGAAAACAUUUUAGGUUUCAUUGCUUCAGAUAUGACAUCAAGACACUCCAGUACCCAGUUGUGGUUAAUCACACAUUAUCAUGAAAUGGGAUCACUGUACGACUAUCUUCAGCUUACUACCUUGGAUACAGUUAGCUGCCUGCGAAUAGUUCUGUCUAUAGCUAGUGGUCUGGCACAUUUGCACAUAGAAAUAUUUGGGACCCAAGGGAAACCAGCCAUCGCUCAUCGAGAUUUAAAGAGCAAAAACAUCCUAGUUAAGAAGAAUGGACAGUGUUGCAUUGCAGAUUUGGGCUUGGCAGUCAUGCAUUCCCAGAGCACCAAUCAGCUCGAUGUGGGGAACAACCCCCGUGUGGGCACCAAACGCUACAUGGCCCCUGAAGUUCUAGAUGAAACCAUCCAGGUGGAUUGUUUUGAUUCUUACAAGAGAGUUGAUAUUUGGGCCUUUGGACUUGUCUUGUGGGAAGUGGCCCGGCGGAUGGUGAGCAAUGGUAUUGUAGAGGAUUACAAGCCACCAUUUUAUGAUGUGGUUCCUAAUGACCCAAGUUUUGAAGAUAUGAGGAAGGUGGUCUGCGUGGAUCAACAGAGGCCAAACAUACCCAACAGAUGGUUCUCAGACCCGACAUUAACCUCUCUGGCCAAGCUUAUGAAAGAAUGCUGGUAUCAAAAUCCAUCUGCAAGACUCACAGCUCUGCGUAUCAAAAAGACUUUGACCAAAAUUGAUAAUUCCCUAGACAAAUUGAAAACUGACUGUUGACAUUUUCACGGUGUCAAGAAGGAAGAUUUGAUGUUGUUUUGUCCAGCUGGGACCUAAUGCUGGCCUGACUGGCUGUCAGAACAGAAUCCAUCUGUCUCCCUCCCUAAAUGGCUGCUUUGACAAGGCAGACAUCCUACCCAGCCAUGUGUUGGGGAGACACCAAAACCACCCUAACCUCGCUCAAUGACUGUGAACUGGGCAUUUCACAAUUGUUCACACUGCAGAGACUAAUGUUGGACAGACACUGUUGCAAAGGUAGGGAACUGGAGGAACACAGAGAAAUCCUAAAGAGAUCUGGGCAUUAAGACAGUGGCUUUGCAUAUCUUUCACCUGUCUUCUAGACACUCCCCACGGGAAACUCAAGGAGGUGGUGAAUUUUUAAUCAGCAAUAUUGCCUGUGCUUCUCUUCUUUAUUGCACUAGGAAUUCUUUGCAUUCCUUACUUGCACUGUUACUCUUAAUUUUAAAGACCCAACUUGCCAAAACGUUGGCAGCAUACUCCACUGGUCUGUCUUUGGAUAAUAGGAACUCAAUUCGGCAAAACAAAAUAUAAUGUCAGACUUUGCUGCAUUUUACACAUGUGCUGAUGUUUACAAUGAUGCUGAACAUUAGGAAUUGUUUAUACACAACUUUGCAAAUUAUUUAUUACUUGUGCACCCAGCAGUUUUUACAAAACUGUUUCGUGCAUAUGUUAAAGCUUAUUUUUAUGUGGUCUUAUGAUUUUAUUACCUAAAUGUUUUUAACACUAUACUCUGAAAUGGACUUUUGUUAUCAGUUAAAUUCACAUUUUAAGUGCUUCACAUUUGUAUGUGUGUAGACUGUAACUUUUCAGUUCAUAUGCAGAACAUAUUUAGCCAUUACCCAUGUGACGCCAUCAAAUAUAUUACUGAUUUAGAAGCAAAGAUUUCAGUAGAAUUUUAGUCCCUGAACGCUGUGGGGAAAAUGCAUUUUCUUCGGAAUUAUCCAUUAUGUGCAUUUAAACUCUGCCAGAAAAAAAAAAUAACUAUUUUGUUUUAAUCUACUUUUUGUAUUUAGUAGUUAUUUGUAUAAAUUAAAUAAAAUGUUUUCAAGUCAAA